UGGUAAGGUAUUGACUUGAAUGUUUUUUAAUUCAUUUUUAACUCAUUUUCUAAAAUUUAGAGAAUUAAAAAAAAUCUCCUAAAUCAUGGAAAAUGUGGAAAAUAUAAAAAUAAAAGAAGAAGUCGAAGAUCUAGACUCAAUUGUUGUAAAAGAAGAAUACAUCCUACAUGAGGAGGAAAUUAAGAUUGAAGAAUCACAUCAGGAGAUAAUUCCGGAUGUUCCGGUUAAAGAUGAAGAUUUAGUCUUGUUUGAAAUUAAGGAAUUCGAAGGGCAUGUUUGUAAUGUUUGUGGUAAAACCCUCAAAAGCCUGCCGAGUCUCAAGUGCCACAUGAAGUUGCAUUCAAAGGACGAGUACAAGUGUGCUCAUUGCUCCAGGACGUGGAAUGUGAAGGUUAAUCUCGUUAGGCACAUGGCUAUUCACACCAAAAAGACCACAUACCCCUGCCCGGUUUGCCAGAAGUCAUACAAAAGUAUUAUCAAGCGGAAUAAGCACCUCAAGAAUCAUAAGGGAAAAAGGAUGAAAUGCAACUAUUGCAGAUACAACGUCUCUAGCAGGACAAUGUUGAAGCAUUUGCAGCUUCGGCACAGGGAUGUUGCUCAAAAGGAAAUUCAGGAAAUGAGAAGGAACGUUGAGAAUGAAAAGAAGGAAGCUGAAAAAAAGAAAACUAAAGAUAGAGCUAAAAUUACCAAAGUCUACGUCGUACGCAAUGGAAACAAAGAAAAUAAAGAAAUCAUUACUAAAACGAAGCGAAAGAGUAAAGAAAAUCCCACAAAGAAGAAGCAAAAGAAACAAGAAGAAAGUUCUUCUAAGAAGAAACGAAAAAAUGCAGAAAGUCCUGCUAAAGAGAAGGAAGAUAGGAUAAGAAAAGACUCUGCUCAGAAGUUUAAGAAGAAAAAGCAGAAAGGACCCAUUCCAAAGGAAACCUUUCAAUGCAAAAUGUGCUGCAGAGUGUUGCAGAAUAGAAGCGCCCUCAUCACACAUUUUGAGACUCAUUCGUCAGAGAAGAAAUUUGCAUGUGAACUUUGCCCCAAAACGUUCAGGCUCCGCAAUAGCCUGAGGCAACAUGUAAACUUCAAGCAUCUCAACAUUUCCUACACCUGUGCUGAGUGUGAGCAAGUUUUCCGAACUAAAGCUUCCCUAACACGUCACCUAAUUGCGGAACACACGAGAAAAAGCAUAAACUGCCCCUAUUGCGAUGAAGUCUUUAAGAUUGAUGCAGAUUUCCACAAUCACAUACAAAAUUUCCAUCGAGGACUACCCCUAAAAAUUCCAGAUGGCCCUGCUUCUUGUACCGUAUGCGAGAUAACCUUCUCAAAUAUCGAUAGACUUCAGAAGCAUGUUAAAAUACAUGUUAUUAAGUCACCCUUAAGUUGUGAACUCUGUGGUACGUCCUACAAAUUCGAGGAUCGUUUGAGGAAACAUUUUCUAUCAGCUAUGCAUCGAGCAGCAGUGCAGACUGGAAUAAGCUUCUACGGCUGGCAUCCUUGCUCUUGUCUAUUAGAUAACAAAAUGUUCUUACACAACAGCUAAAGAAGCAACGAAACUAUCUCCAAAAAGAUGAAGAAGCGAUGCUUUCUGACUGGAUCUUCUUCAUUAAAAAUAAAUAAAUAAAAUUAUUAAAUAAAAUAAUUAAUUAUUAAAUAAACUUGGUUGUCAAAUGUUGGCCACA